CUGCAAAAUUAAUCGACUCACUUCUUCUUUCUCUUGUCUUGAUUUUCCUCGCUCUAUGCGAGUGCUGUUUUAUUCUCUGUUCGAAAGCAAACAUUGUCCAAGAUUCUGGGUAGAUUCAUGACUGAACUAGCCUUCUCAGUACGACCCUCGCCGCCCGGUGAUGACCACCGGGACGCACUCCGUGGCCACCGCCUGCCGUCCAAAUUUGACCACUGGCUCUCGGCAUGCGUGAUACACGGAAUUCGGCGUAAUGAAGCGUUUGCGACCUCAGAUGCUGUUCAGAAACUCUGCGCAGACUCAGAGGACAGAGCUUUCGCUCGCGCACGUAACGCGCGGCUUAUCAUGAGUAAUUCUGUCCCCAAGAUAACGAACGACGAGGAUAAGCCGUACUGUAUCUGGUAUCCCGAUGUAGCAAGCGAAGAGACCUACCGCGAUCUGGCGAAGCGCUACCCUGAUAUGCGCUAUCUGGUCGGCCGGGCGUGCGCAGUUGCAGGCUACAACGCGCUCUAUCACGAAUUGGGCCUGCUGCCCGAGGUCUCUAUUGCCGAGGAAGCUAGAGAAAGCUCUGCACGAUCCAAGGAUAUAUUCGAUACCAUCAUGCGCCAACCUUGUUGCUACUCAAUUCUAAAUGAUUACACCCGGUCUUGUAAUCUUGACAACCCACCCUCUCCUGCGUUCACAAACGGCGACACAGCUGUACGAGGAACAUUGGAUAUCCGGUUUGGGCCUGAUAUGUACGAAGAAUGGGGUAGUCAUUGUUUCAACAUUGCCGAAGACUACAACAUCGAUGAGGUCUCAUCAGAAGACCCCCACAUCCAGGAACUUCCCCCCAACCAUAUCGAACUAUUCUACACGCCACUUCUCUCUCACUUACCGACUAUUAAGAAGAACCCGUUGAUCCUCAUGGCAGCCUACGAGGGAAACCUUGACCGCUACGUACGAUUACGCCGCCCGCAGAUGCUCCAUGACGAAGAAGCAGCCGUAAUCCGUGGCAUUUAUCAUAACACCACCUUUGCAAAGUGGUGGUGGCUUCAAGAUACCAGCCGGCACCGCCGCUCCAUCAAGACCGCUGCCCUCGCGCGCUUCAUUAUGGUCAACGACCUCUCAAACAUCCCGCCUGCUGGUCCAGCCGGACUUGAAAUGCCCGCUUUGAUCUGGUGGCCGUUGAUCCCGGCGGCGGAGACGUUGAAGGAGCUCGUUCGUCGCCGGCCGGAUAUGAAGCUACAGGUGGCGAUGGCAUGCAUUGCGGGAGAUUACAGGGUGCUAUGGGACGCUCUUGCGCCACAGCCUUGCGCAGAGCUAUGGGAUCAGGCACGACAGGAACAGGCUCAUAGUUGGCCAAAGGAUUUCAACAGGAAUUACUAUGUUGACUAUCUGGAGAAGCGAUCUAAGGAGCUGGGAAUUGACAUCGUCUUCAUGCGGACGGAUUCCCAGUGUGAAGAUGCGGCGGUCCGCGACAAAGAGCCUACGACGAUUUUGUUGGACCAGGGAAUAUAUGAGCUUCCGUUUGUCUUGGAAAGCUCCAACCCGGACGGUGGCGUUUAUUGGCGCGCUGGCAAAGUCAAUGCAGCUAGGUGGCAGUUGCUGAUAUCCUCUAGCGAGGAGAUGAGACAGAAAGCACGCGAGGAAGACGGUAUUAGGUUAUAUGAUGAUGAUGAGGAAGUUGUUCCUGGCUCUAAGUAA